GGGGAGGCGGGACGGAGACGGCCGGCGGGAGAAGUGAGAGGAUGAGCGUUGGCCCAGUGUGCAAUAAUGGAUCAAGGACAAGAUUCAGCUAUGCAAGAAAAUGAAAAUGCAAAAGCAAUUGAAGAUGAGUACAAGAAGGCUUUUGUGUUUGUUAAUAAAGCUUUGAAUGCAGAUGAACUGGGUCAAAUAGAAGAAGCAAAGAAUUAUUACAGGCAGGGGCUUACUCACUUACUCAAAGGAGUUAGCAUUCCAUCAGAAGGUCUGAAAGGCACCAAGACCCAUUCAGUAUCUGUUAGGCAAAUGCAGCAAAAGAUGAAAGAAACUUUAGAAAAUGUUAAUGCUCGUUUGAGACUUCUAGAUGAAAAUUCCCAAGCAAAUAUCACUGCAGUUAGUUCCAAUAUAGAGAUGCCCAAGUUAUACCCAUCAAUUCCAUCCAAAGAAAAGACUGAGAGGCCUCCUGUGCCCAGCUCAUUGACAUCACCCCCUCAGCCACUUGCAAGCGAUGGAAAUAUUGGAUCUACAAGCCCAGGGCAAAUGGCUGCAGUGAGUCCAUCAUCUUCAAUGACCAAUGAAGCACCUCCUGCUUAUACUCCAGAGGCCACUGAUGGGCACUAUACUGUGUCCUAUGGGACAGAGUCUGGGGAGUUCUCAUCUGUUGGAGAAGAUUACUAUAGAAAAUGCACUCAGCCACCUCCAGUUGAGAAUUUUGGAGUAGAUGCUGAUGAAUUAAUCCUCAUUCCCCAUGGUGUGCAGAUUUUCUAUGUCACCCCUGAUGGACAAGUUAGCGCUCCCUCGUAUCCUGGAUAUCUUCGCAUUGUAAAGUUUUUGGAUACCGAUGGUGCAGCAGCUCAGAAUCGUCCUCCUGCUUUCCUUCAGGUUUGUGACUGGCUAUAUCCUCUUAUGUGCAGCCAGUCACCUGUUCUCUCAUGCAGCUCUGGAGUCUACAUGUUCCCCGACAUGAUGUCACAGGUAUCCGGAUCCUAUGUAGGAGUAGUGUUGUCUUCAGAACUUCCAAUUGCUUACCGAGAACUAUUUGAAGAUCUGCUAAAACAGAUGACUGACCUUAGAAUACAGCCUGCUGAGGCUUCAAGUGAUGUGGUCAACCUUGGUCAGACUGUACGUAUUCAGCCAGGACCUGAAGACCAGGACCGAGAAUUACCUGACUGGAGUGAGAAAAUAGCUCAUGGCAUCUUAUCAGGAGCAUCCUGGUUGAGCUGGGGUCUAGUCAAAGGAGCAGAAUACACUGGAAAAGCCAUCCAUAAAGGAGCCUCUAAAUUAAGAGAACACAUUCAGCCAGAAGAAAAACCUUUGGAGGUCAGCCCAACUGUAGCAAAGGGACUACAUGUAGCAAGGCAAGCUACAGGGGGAGCGGUCAAAGUCAGUCAGUUCUUGGUUGAAGGUGUUUGUUCCAUAGCAAGUUGUGUUGGAAGAGAGUUAGCCCCUCAUGUGAAGAAACAUGGAAGCAAGCUGGUUCCAGAAUCCCUUAAGAAAGACAAAGAUGGAAAAUCAACUUUGGAUGGUGCUCUAGUUGUAGCAGCAAGUGGAGUUCAAGGGUUUUCGACAAUAUGGCAAGGUUUGGAAUGUGCUGCAAAAUGCAUUGCUAAAAGUGUGUCUAAAGAGACAGUUCAGACUGUCAAGUACAAGUACGGAGAUGAUGCUGGCCAUGCUACGAAUAAUGCUGUGAGUUCUGUCGUCAAUGUUGGCAUGACAGCUUUUAAUAUUGACAAUAUUGGAAUCAAAGCUAUAGUCAAGAAAACUGCAAAGGAAACAGGCCAUGCAGUCCUGGAUGAGUAUAAGAUUACAGGAAAUGAAGAAAAUAAAGCUAUAGAAAAAAGAGAAAAAAUGGAUGAACUCUAAAUCUGUGCAAAUGAAUUGCCAAAAGCCUUAAUAUAUGCUUAAAUGAAAUGAACUAACAGAUUUGGUAUUUUUAUAAUCUUAAACUAUCUGAACUUAAUUUAUCAAACUUGAAGAUUAACCUCUUCUAAAAAGUAUUUCUGUUCUCAUAACUCUAGUAUUGCAGCCUCUCCCAGUCCAAUGCUUUCCAUGUGUGAAACCAACCUCUAGCUAACAUGGUUAAACUUGAAGGUCAGGACAUCUGGAGGGCACCAGGUUGAAGAAAGGCAAUUUAAAUGAAAACUGAAUUUGCAGUAGCAUUUAACUCGUACAAGAAAACGCAACUGCUUUUUAAGAUGUAAAAUGGAAUACUGGAAUUUAGUUUGAUAUAUACUGUUUUAAUAAUUCUACUUUUUGUCUGAAUUUUGUUUCAGUAGUUACUGAAACUGUACUGUUUGAUUAGGGAGCAUACAUGUUUGAACUUUAUUACACAAACAACUGAUUAAGCUAACAAAUUCCUGGUAAGCUAGUAAAAUCAGUUCCAAUUCUACAGAAACCAAAGAUUAAUAUUGUCACUAUUAAUAAUAGUGAUAAUAGUUUAAACCAGCUUUAUGGACUCCUAAACUUAAUUGGAAUAGAUGGCAAAAUUCUUGACUACUUUUGUUGGCAAAAUUUGAUGUUAAUGUAAUUGAAUUCUGUGAAAACAGACUUCUGUUCAAAAAAAUAAGGGUUUAUUUAAUGGUGAAGAAAAAGCUUUAUACUUAUAUUUAUUGUAAGAUCAUUUAUUAUAAAAUGUUUUGAGAAGUCUGUAUUAUUCAGAAGUAUAUCCUGAUGUCUUGUAAGAUAAUGAAAUUCAUUUUAUGUUAGACAUUUACAUUUGCUUCUCUUUAUCUAAUAUGAAAAAGCAGUUGCUAUUAAUGUAGAAUCUUCCAGCUCUUAGUGGUUGCUUCUGACUUUGAAAUUGAACUUAAUAGUGCUGAUCAAUUGUAUAGCAAGAAUAUAGCACAUCCACUGGUUAAGGAGCUAAGCACUUGAAAUGACUUAUGAAUUUAAAAUUAUAAAUAAACUUAAGA